UCCAUUUUUUCCGAGCUUGUUAGCGAAUUCGACUCCUGCGAGCGUUUGGUUCAAAACGACAUCACUAUCUUUUUCCCAUGGCUUUCUUCUCCGGACUGGUCUUGUCAUCGCUCCGCAGUAAAAUAAAAUCACAAUAUUGUUAACACUGCUGUUUGCUUUACGUCAAUUUGUGAAAAGUUAGUCAAGUAGGAAGGAACUAUGCAGCGCUGAAUAGAAAACAAUGAGUCAUAUGUGGAGCUAGAACAUCGAAAUUCUUAUUAAAUUUGGUGCAGUUGCUUGUUAUUAUCGAACCAGUUGGUGGGUGGUAGAGAGAAAUAUGACAUUACUUCCAAAUAAAGCUGAUUCUUCACAUUACACCGUACAGUACUCCGUGGCAGCUGCUAAAAUCAACAAUCGCAGCUACUUCCCGUAGCGAUUUGUAGGAAAAACUGAGGAACUGAAGUGUAAAUAAUCGAUACGGUGUGCGGAACUUAAAAGUGACCGGAUUAAAAGAAGAAACUGAGUGUACGAGUUGUAGACCUGGAUGCACACUGUUGUCCUUUUAGUGGUGUUUUGUUUCAGCAGCAGAAGAUGUGUUCUUUUUAGGCACAUCUUAUAAGGAUAUAAUUCUACAUAGAGUAGAACAAAGAAUAAAUUUUCCAACACGCCUUUCGAAACCCUCGCACGAUAUGGCAUUUUCCAUAGUAGAAUACUGUGGCGAGCACUCAAGUUAUCAAUGCGGAUAUUGCAAGCAGUCAAGCUCAUGCCAUUCUUAUGGAAUGUGGGCGCACAAGCUUAGCUGCCUAGAUUAUCAAGAGUUGAUUGAUCGCGGUUGGCGUCGGUCGGGAUGUUACUGUUAUAAACCUAUGAUGGACGUGACCUGCUGUCCAUCCUACACAAUAAAGUGUGAUGCAAUGAACUUUCGACUGAACAAGUCCCAUAAAAAAAUUAUAAAACGUAUGCACAAGUUUCUUCGUGAUGGCAAGCAGGAACCAACAGAAAGGACGAUUCUAUCCAACAGUGACGAAACCGCAUCGCAAGAUACCAGCACUCACGAACAUAUGGAAGUACCUUGCGUACAACCUAAACCUCUAGAUGCCAGCCUCAUGGGUUUGCUAACGAGUGCUAACGAUGAGCAUCACCCUGUUGGUGAUGCGGAAGGGGGAACCAGUGGUUUGCACAACCCAAAACUAGCAGAAACCUUGAACGUUUCUUUACACUCGAGCGAUUCCAACGUUAACAAUCAGCCAAAGAAAGCAAAGGUGUUGCGUAUUGAAAGGAAGCGUGAAAAACUGCAGAAAAAAGGACUGUCAGAGGAAGCGAUCGAACAGAUGAUGAAACCCAGCGGUAAACAAAAUCAAGAAAAAAUGCUAGAGGAUUUUCUUGCUGAAUGUCCACAGGAAAAUGAAACGCCUAAGCACCGUUUGCAGGUAAAAUGUGUAGUUGCUAGUGAAGGAGCCACUUCUACCACCUUCAAACUAUACAGCUUGUACCAACAAAGCAUUCAUAAAGAUCCAGCAUCCAAACUGAGCAUGGAUCGUUUCAAACGGUUCCUUGUUAAAUCACCACUAAAGAUCGUGACGCUGCUCACUUCUGGAGCAAAGUUUCAAGAGAGCUUGCAUGUUUCUUACGCUCUGUACAAAAAGUAUCAGUCGGCCAUUCACAAUGAUCCACCCGAUGCGAUUGAAGACUAUCUGGACUUUUUGGUGAAAUCGCCAUUAAAGGGCUCACAAGAAUACGGAAGUUAUCAUCAACAGUACUGGCUGGAUGAUCGCCUCAUUGCCGUCGGUGUGAUUGAUGUGUUACCGAACUGUGUCAGCUCGGUGUAUUUCUUCUACGAUCCUGAAUUCAAAUUUCUAUCGCUUGGUACUUACGGCUCGUUACGAGAACUUGCGUACACACGUUCGCUAAACAGUAAAAUUCCUAGUAUCAAGAGCUACUACAUGGGAUUUUAUAUACACUCUUGCCCUAAAAUGCGUUACAAAAGCAAUCUUCAGCCAUCGUACUUGCUUUGCCCGGAGGCAUAUACAUGGCAUAUGCUUGAUAAAACUGUUUUAGCGAAAUUAGAUGCACAUAAGUACAGUCGACUAAAUGCUGAUGUUGGGGCGCAGGAUGCAAACAAAACGACCGAGCAGGACUUGAAGGACGUACUUCUACUUGUUGGUAGAUCCUACACAACGUACUCCGAGUAUUUGGAAAUGGUUGGCAAAGGAAUACCGUUUUUAUCGGAAUAUGCCCGAUUGGUAGGGAAAAGCUGUGCAAAGAAAAUGAUGCUCUAUAGAGUGUAGGCGUUUUCCUUAAGCUGAGCGUAUUAAUUAUUACAAAUCGGUGUUAAUUUAAUAAUUAUUGAAAUGAAUUGCCGAUUAGCAGUAA